UCCAUUUCAGCAGAUGUUGGACGAUUUCGGCGAGAGGAGGGAGGUGGUGUUUUCAUGGUAUGUUGGUGACGAAGCCGACGCGGAUUGCGGGGUGUGCGAGAGGGGAGGGAGGCAAUGCGGUCUCGACUUUGCGAGGAACCAGAGCUUCUGCAUCGGCCAGCAGCAGCAUCACGGAUCACAUGUGAAGAUCAUUGCAGGUACAUCCACUGUCGGACUCCUAGUUCUCCUAUCAGUUUCAACCAUCGUACUAUAUGUUUUCAGGCAAUCUGAAAAGGAAAAAAGAACAUACUUGAAAGUAGAAAAGUUCCUAGCUACAUACAAGACCACAAAACCCACACGAUACACUUAUUCUGGAAUUAAGAAAAUAACUAAACGAUUCAGCCAUAAAUUGGGCCAAGGUGGAUUUGGAAGUGUGUACAAGGGGGAGCUUCCCAUGGAAAUUGCAACUGGUAUUGCCCGGGGCAUUGAGUACUUACAUCAGGGAUGCGACCAGCGUAUUCUACAUUUUGAUAUCAAGCCUCACAAUAUCUUGUUAGACCACAACUUCGUACCAAAAGUUUCUGACUUUGGUCUAGCAAAACUUUGCUCAAGAGAUCAUAGCAUUAUUACCAUGACAGCUGCUAGGGGCACAAUGGGCUACAUUGCACCAGAGAUUUACUCUAGAAACUUUGGAGAAGUGUCUUACAAAUCCGAUGUUUACAGUUUUGGGAUGCUAUUGUUUGAAAUGGUAAGUGGGAAGAGAACUACUGAACCCGCAAUUGAGGAGCAGAAUGAGGUUUAUUUUCCAGAGUGGGUUUAUAACCGGUUGAUUAGUGGAGAAGAUCUUGGACUUUCUGCGGAGAUGGGAAAAGAGGAGAAUAUUGCAAAAAAACUUAUGGUUGUUGCACUGUGGUGUAUUCAAUUGAGUCCAAAUGACCGUCCUACUAUGACAAGAGUAAUCCAACUUCUUGAUGGGGACUUGGAAAGCUUGCAGAUUCCACCAAAGCCUUUUGUCUCGGAAUAUCAAGAUAUUGGUACUUCUAUAAGCAAACUAUAAUUGAAGGAUGACUUCUCAAUCUUUGGACAUUGUAUAAACUCCAAGUGCUCAUACUGCAUCCACAAUUUAAACUGCCUCGACAUGUCGGCUGAUAUAUCGUUUUUUAGCAUUCAACGUAGUAACUAGAUCGUAUAAAUAAGUUUAUAUUAUUUAUUUAGUCAAUAUCUCUAAUAUUUUUGGUUUGACCGGACAUAAUGCCUGUUAUUUUGACUGACCAACAUGAUUUUUUCAUGUGACUACUAAGCGCUGGAUUGGCUACUAAAUUGUUUAUUUUUACGAGUUAUAAUGCAGUCGUGUCUAUUUGUGUUGUUCUUUUUGUUUGAUUGUAUGACAUCAAUAUGUCUUCUCUUUACACAUCUGCAUUUAAGAGUUAUAAUGUUAUCAUACAAACUCAUAUUAUAUCAGACCCUCUUCUUUAUCCAUCAAUGUUUAGCGACAUGAGAUAUUCAGAUCUUUCAUCAUAAUGGUGCCCUCUAUUUUACUUUCUUUAUGUAAUACAACAUCCACUAUCCAACAGUUUAUUCUGUUGGUUGUUUUCUACUUUACUAGCAACAUUUAGAACCUUGGCUGAGUCAAUAUUAAGCUAGUCAAGCAAUU